GCGCACGCGGCGUUUCUGCCGUACAGUCUCGGAGUAACCUCGCGAUCGUCAGCACGUAAUCCGCGACCGUCCGUACUCGAGCGAGAUCACGACAGUCUCGGAGCCAAAUCCUCGCGUAUCAAUCUCACGACCGGGUGGUGUGCGACCGUAAUUUCUCGCCGGCGGCGAAGGACACAGCACGAGAGAUUAGAACGACCCAGCCAAAGAAAGCGACCGCUCUUCAGGACAAAUCUAAAGGAGGGAAAUUUUGAGGGCGAUUUUCUUGCCAUCUGAAGGACCAACGAAAAGGCAUGGCGAGACAACAGACCGUGGAUCGAAACAUUCCUCAUCUGCGGGACAUCUUCGGCUUCGGCAGCAAAUGGGACGCACGCGGCCACGCCGAGGAGAAGGCGCCCGGGCACGAUAGCGCCGUGUCGGUGGGCUCCACGUCGGGCGAGGAGGAGAGCCCGAAGAACAGCAAGAAGAAGAAGUCGCGUCGCCGCGACAAUAGCAAGACGCUGACGGAAAGCGACGUUAAACACCUGGAGCGGCACCUGUCGAUGAAGAAGACCAUACGCAAAAAAAUCAUGCGUGAUCUGCAGCAGGCUUUCGUCGAAGACCCGAACGAGUUUCGCGUGGACGACAUACCGCCAGAGCAGCUCAAGGCGGAGAUCAAUAUCCAGAGCCUGAGCUUCGGCACGCCGUCCCAGAAGCAGGGACGCACGCGUGGCAAUGCCGAGAGCACGUUCCUCGAUAUGUUGCGCGGUGGCGGUUUGGAAAAAAACGGAACGGACGGUGAUCGAGAUUCGGGACACGGGGGAUCGCCGACCAGGGAGACGCCCAGCGCUCAGGACACGGACGACGAGUCCAGCUAUGCAUACGAGGCGCCAGCCACGACGCCCACAAAGAAGAGCGGCAAUUUCUGGAGACGCUUCACCAUGAAGAAUCGCAAUAAGCGAUAAAUCCACGGAUUUAUCCAAGAUCAAUCAACGCAAAGAGAGAGCGUACCGAUACUUUAUAUUCUCCGUCAUCUCGAUAAUUUUUACCAGCGUAGUUAACGAAGCAGAGCUUGCAACUGUGAUAUACAUAAAAACCAAUUCAUCUCCAUCUCUCCCUCGUCCCCCUCCCUCCCGAGACGAUUCUUCUCCGUCGAAUUUUAAGAGGUUCCCGAAAUUCAAUCGCACAACAAGACCGAGGACCAAUCAAUGCUGUACAAAUUUCGGAUCUAAGCGCAUAAAUUUUUAUACAAUACGAUACAUCAAAAGAACAUACACACCUUUUGGACCAGCAUUUUUAUCAUGUGUUAUCACGACAUAUCACGAGAUGUAAUCAAUGCCGAGGUAGAAGAGAAGAGAGACACAGGUAAUUUAUACCUUUUUUAAAUUCUAAAAUAAGAAAAAGUAAUUUAAGAAUUCAGAAAAUGCAAAAAAGGAGUAUGUACUUAUUUUCAUUUUGAAAAAAAGAUAAAAAUUCUUUUAUAAUUAAAUCCCUCGAUCCCUCGUAGCUAAGUAUCCUAGCGAAGGUAUUGGAAGAAAAGCACUCUGCAAAUACAAAUUUUUUAGCUGCGUUUUUUUUUUGUGUUUAAAACGGAAUUUAUAUAUUCAAGCUCCGAAGAGAAAGAGAGAAAGAAGGAGAAAAUAAAGCAUAGCAAAAAAAUGCGGUCGGAACGAACGGAUUUAUGUAGGGAUUGUCCGAGCAAUUCCGCUGUACAUAUAUAUAUAUAUAUAUACUCUUUCUCGAAAUAUAUCGGGGGAACUUCUUAAAACUCUCCGACUCGAAACGCGUAACGAUCGAUGUACCCGAUAACGUAUGUAACUCCCAUCUUUUGACACGUACUUAAAGAAAACGUAAAAAUAGAAAACGAAGGCAGCGACACAGACACGUGUGUAGUAUUUAAGAGUUUAGCUAGUUUUAUUUUUUCUUAACAUAAGAACGCGGAUAAGGCAAUUGUAGGUGAUCGGUAUUAAAAGAGGUAUGUACGCAUGCGCGCCGAUUAGGUAUUAGCUAGUCAACAUCGUUAAAACAUAUACCCGAGAGACCCGGACGAUUUUCUUACUAGCAAAAUCGGAUUUGAUAUCGACUUUUUUGUAACACACACAAAACUCGAAAGUAAGAUAUUUUUUAGCUAUUUUUUACCAGUUCGAAAAAAUUUACAACUUUAAGAUUCAUUCGAAAAAUACACACACAUAUAUAAGGAACUUGGUGAAUUAUGUUGUUUAAAUGCGAUACAUUGCAUUUUUCGUUAUACACUUUGAACUUUAAGAUAUAUUGGUGUUUAUCGAAAUGCUAUUGUUCCUACCGUUUUUUGAGAUAUUUUUCGCUAGUAUUAUAGGCAUUGUCAUUCGCGAAAACGGUUUAUACAUUUGUAUCAACUGUUGUAUCUCUCCCUCAUCCUUUAUUACGAUAAUAAUAAUUAUAAUAAUUAUUCCUUUUAAUAUUAACUGCAACAUUAUAUGUAUAUUAUAAGCUUUAAAUGUAUCAUAUUCGAAGACUACGUCAUAUAAGAGCAGCAAUAUACUCGAAUAAAAAUCUCAUAGAUA